ACGACUUAGAAUCUUUAGACCAGGACCAAGAGUCAGUAUACCAAGAAUCUGAAUAUUCAGAGUCAAUACAGACAGCACCAGACUAUAGCACACUAUUUGAAAGUUCGGAGGAAAACUCAGAUACAACAGAAAAAUUUAGUGAUACAGAAACAGAAAAAUCAGACAUGACACCAUCCAUCAGUGCUAAACCAAAAAUAAGCAUUGAAUUAAUAGGAGAUGAGGCUCAUUUCGUUGUCAGUGACCUGCAGGAUGUCACUGAAUUCACA